CUCUGCUAGCUUGCUGCCGAUCCCCCCCCCCCCCCCCCCCCCUUCUUCUCUCUACCCCUCCCUCCACCUCAUAAAUACUUAGUUUAAUAACCUUGCACUGCCGCAGUAGCCCUUAACUGCUGCUAUCUAUCUCUUUUCUGAAGGAAAAAAAAGUUCAGCGCGCAGUUAAGCAUAGCAGGACGACCACGACGAUGUAUCACCCGCAGUGCGAGCUCCUGACGAUGGCGCACGAAACGCCGGACCUGGACGCCGGCCAGCCGCACCUAACCGUCUCCGGCGUCGCCAGCAUCCCGGCAGAGCUGAGCUUCCACCUGCUGCACUCGCUCGACGCCGCGGCGGCGGUCAAUCCCGUCACGGCGCCGCCGCAGUCCACCAUCGACUACUUCCUCGGCGGCGCCGAUCCCCACCAGCAGGCCAUGCAGUACGAGCCGCUGCCGCCCGCCGCGGGCGGCCACCACCAGUACACCAUGGACAUGUUCCGCGACUACUGCGACGGCCACUACCCCACCGCCGAGCCGUACAUCCGCGGGACAAUGACUGGAGCCCUCGUGUUCGGGGCCACCGACGACGACGACUCGGCCGCUGCCUACAUGCCCGGGGGGCACUUUGAGACCUCCCCGCCGCCGCCACGCGCCACCGGCCGCGGCAGGAAGCGGGGCAGGGCGCUGGGCGGCGGCUUCCAUGCUGUGCUGGCCAACGGCGUCGAGAAGAAGGAGAAGCAGCGCCGGCUGCGGCUCACCGAGAAGUACACCGCCCUCAUGCACCUCAUACCCAACGUUACAAAGACUGAUAGGGCGACGGUGAUCUCGGACGCGAUCGAGUACAUCCAGGAGCUGGGGAGGACGGUGGAGGAGCUGACGCUGCUGGUGGAGAAGAAGCGGCGCCGGAGGGAGCUGCAGGGGGACGUCGUGGACGCGGCGCCGGCUGCGGUGGUUGCUGCCGCCGGUGAGGCGGAGAGCUCGGAGGGCGAGGUGGCUCCUCCGCCGCCGGCCGUGCCGCGGCAGCCGAUCCGGAGCACGUACAUCCAGCGGCGGAGCAAGGACACGUCCGUGGACGUGCGGAUCGUGGAGGAGGACGUGAACAUCAAGCUCACCAAGCGCCGGCGCGACGGGUGCCUCGCAGCCGCGUCGCGCGCGCUGGAUGACCUCCGCCUUGACCUCGUCCACCUCUCCGGCGGCAAGAUCGGUGACUGUCAAAUCUACAUGUUCAACACCAAGAUUCACAAGGGGUCUUCAGUGUUUGCGAGUGCAGUGGCCGGUAGGCUGAUGGAAGUGGUGGACGAGUACUAGGCUACCAUGCACUUGAAUUUCUAGCUAGCUCUACGUACCGCGCUGCUAUGAAUCUAGCUAUAGCGUUUCUUGGAUGAAAGACUAGUUAGUUGUUACCUUCUAUCUUUGCUUCAAUUAAAUCCGCUUGCUCGUUACAGACUGAGUUUGUUUCUAAAUGUCAAGGUUGUUUUGGUCAAAUUGAAUAAAUUGGCACACUGGCCUGUGAGGUUAUUAUAUAUAUUUAUGUGUUUAUUACUGGUCUAUUAAUUUGUCUUAUUAUUA